AUGCUUCCUCCCCAAGCAGCCAAUCUCAGCAUUGAGGCUUUGAGUGGAAUAUGUGGCUCCAUAUCGAUCGCGUGUUGGGUCGUGGUAUUUUCGCCACAGAUCAUUGAGAAUUUCCGUCGCGGCUCCGCCGAUGGACUUUCUCUUCUCUUUUUGAUUGUCUGGCUUGCUGGCGAUGUGUUCAACAUCCUUGGCGCGGUCUUGCAAGGGGUGCUCCCGACGAUGAUUAUUCUGGCAGUGUACUACACUUUGGCGGACAUCGUUCUCCUAGGGCAGUGCUUCUAUUACCGAGGCUUCAACAUUCGUGAUGAACUUUCGUCAUCAUCGUCACCAGACUCGAACUCUGUUACCGGUGAUACAUCGGAAAGCAGCGAAGAGCGUGACUCAGACGCAGUACCGACUGAACGAUCAUCAUUGCUGCCAAGUUCAAGUGGACAUGCUCGUGCUUCCGAGUCAACUGAAGAGGCUCAUCCCACGUCCUCUUCGACCGCAAAGCAUAUAAGAUCAUCUGUCUCGCCGAAUCGAGAUGUGGCGCAUCAUCAUGUUGACGGCACCCAUCUGUCCCCCGCCACGCCUUUUGUUGACCCGAGUUCGGAGCAUGCGCGCUAUCAACGCCGCCGACGUCGCAUUUCGACUAUUCAGUCGAUCCUUUUCAACAUGACCGCCAUCGCUCUCGUAUGCGCUGCUGGUAUUCUCGGGUGGUACGUCAGUCCCGGAUCGAAGAAGUCCAAAGCGGAGCCGGAGCCCUUGACUCUCGAUCCUCUCGGCCAAGCGUUUGGUUACCUGUGCGCCGUGUUCUACCUGGGAUCACGGAUUCCUCAGCUACUGCUUAAUUACCGCCGCAAGUCGACAGAUGGAGUGUCGCUCUUAUUCUUCCUUUUUGCCUGUAUUGGCAAUUUGACCUACGUGUUAUCUAUUAUGGCAUAUUCGCCUAUCUGUCAAGGAACCACGGCUGGUGCCAAUGAUGUCGACGAACUGUCGCACCGGCAUCGGCCGCAAUGCCGUCCGGGAGAGGCGGCAGCUUUGUACGGACAGUACGUCCUUGUCAACCUGUCCUGGCUCGUGGGUAGCUUCGGCACACUAGUCCUGGAUAUGGCCAUCUUCGUGCAGUUCUUCCUGUACAGAGAUGCGAAGAGCCUGGACGAAGCAUAA